AUGGCUCAUCCCUUCGCUCAAAAAUUCAGUCGACUAGCCACGCAGAGUUGCCUCUUCUGCAACAAACCGACCACCGACAUGGUUAGGCACGUAUCUGUCCACAACGAAGACCCUCAGUUAACCUUCAACUUGCUGGGUAUUGUCGUCAUUGCAAAACAGGUGCAUUCCAAGGGUUACCAGUGUCCGUUCCUCAAAUGCUCCUUCACGGGGCUGCCUGCGGCCCUAUACGCCCAUUUGACCGGCCAUAUUACUUUAACAGGACAAGAACAUCAACAGACCCAUCCUAUCUCGCAUUCGCCUUCGAUUUCCACAGAAACCUCUACCCCGGCCUGCAGCACCCCGACCCUGAGCGCUAACAGUACGGGCUUAGUCACCCCAAUCUCGCAGGCAUUCAGCGAGCCUCCCAACAAGAAGCGAAGAAUCGAGCCUCCCUCUUCACCCUCCCCUGCCACCGCUACGACACGCCCCGAUACGAUCCCCACGGAACGCGCUGAAAAGCUUGAAAAAAUCAGUGAUUACAUCGAAGAUAACUUGGGCUGCUGUCCCUUUCACAGUAUAUCGUCGUCCCUUGAAAUUGUCAACCAGCACUCAGAACUCCGUCACUGUGAUCUCAUCGACACCACCCUAUACAAGACUGUUUUCCGCAAGACUAUGCGCAAGAUUGUCAACAGCAACAUACUGUGCUUCUCCUGCUGCGGUUGCAAGAACUUUCACCAUCCUGUGGAACGUUCAUGCGACAGCGAGGCUCUCCAGGACAUCUGGAUCGGCAUCCCUUACCUCAUCUUCUGCGUCCCUGCGAUCCAACGCAUCGUAUUUGGAGUUCUCGGCAAGCAUAAUUACCAUCAGGUCGUCCAUGACAUCGAGUCCUUCGUCCUCUGGCUCUUUCAGGCAUCGCCUCGCAACAGUGUCCCCACGAGAGCAACCCCCAACGCCUUCGACCUGUUGAUUGCUUUCUCGUCGUGCUCUCAAGAGUUUUCAAACAUCGAGUGGGCGGACGCACUGGCGGAAGCAAAUGAAAGGAUCGCGGACUUAUAG